AGAGUCAUUAGGGAAUUUUCGCAAGUAAUUCAGCGAGAUAAUUAGAUCGAGAAUGUCAGCUAUAGUAGAUGUUGCCACUUUGUAUCGUCGGACUUUUUGAUAUGACUCUAACGUUAGUUGGACGGUUUCAUUUUUAACGUAACGUGAACUGCUUAACAAUAACAAUCAGCUUUUAAAUAGCCUGUAGGGAUGACUAAUCUUAUUAACACCACGAAGUUUAAAGCAGAUCAGGGCUUGAUAAUGACCCAUGGCAAUGACUGCUGUACAGCAGCAGAAGAUGGAGUCGAGAGCGACCAGCAGCAGCAGCAGCAGCAGCCUCUCAUUCUGGAAAGAGUGGAGAAAGAAAAGGCUAAAAACUGGCAAUCCAUUGUCUCACAUCGGCUGAAGAAACACUGCUUGUGCACCCAAAAGAAAGCAAAAUCCAAAAUCCUGGGCUUUGCCCCAAUUCUGAAGUGGCUGCCACGCUACCAGCUAAGGAAAUGGUUGCUGGGCGAUGUCAUGUCAGGGCUGAUAGUUGGAAUCCUAUUGGUCCCCCAGUCCAUAGCCUACUCCUUAUUGGCCAGUCAGGAACCCAUAUACGGCCUCUAUACAGCUUUCUUUUCUUCCAUCAUCUAUGCCAUCUUAGGCACUUCUAAACACAUCUCAGUGGGGAUCUUUGGGGUGCUCUGCCUGCUUGUUGGUCAGGUUGUGGAUAGGGAGUUAGCUUUGGCAGGUUACCUCACAGAAAGCAGCAGCAUCAGUGGUAACAAUAGUGCCAUUGUGCUGGCUGGCCAGGGGAAUAACAGUGUUGGGGGGGAAUGUGACAGAAGCUGCUAUGCAAUCAAAGUAGGAGCUACAGUUACCUUCACUGCUGGAAUUUACCAGGUGCUAAUGGGCAUUUUCCAGGUAGGCUUCGUCUCAGUCUAUCUCUCUGACUCCCUUCUCAGUGGCUUCGCUACAGGAGCCUCCUUGACCAUCCUCAGUUCACAGUUAAAGUACCUUCUGGGCCUGCAGAUCCCCAGGCCCCAGGGCUGGUUCACUCUGUUUAAGACCUGUUACAGCUUGCUCAACAACUUGGGAAACACCAACAUGUGUGACCUGGUGACCAGUUUGGUGUGCUUGCUGAUCCUGAUACCUACCAAGGAACUAAAUGAUCGCUUCAAAGCCAAGCUAAAGGCUCCAAUUCCCUUUGAGCUCUUUGUGGUGAUAAUUGCAACACUGGCUUCUCACUUUGGCCACUUCAACAGUGAUUAUGGGUCGAGCGUGGCUGGUGACAUCCCCACAGGCUUCCUCCCUCCCCAGCUGCCCAUGUGGAGUCUGAUCCCCAGUGUGGCUGUUGACGCUUUCUCCAUUGCCAUUGUGGGAUUCGUCAUCACUGUUUCGCUGUCAGAGAUGUUUGCCAAGAAGCACGGCUACGCGGUGGACGCCAACCAGGAGAUGUACGCCAUUGGCUUCUGCAACAUCCUGCCAUCGUUCUUCCGCUGCUUCACCACCAGCGCUGCACUGACUAAGACUCUUGUCAAGGAGUCAACAGGGUGCCAGACUCAGAUGUCAGGGCUGGUCAGCGCCCUCGUCCUGCUGCUGGUGCUGCUGGUGAUAGCGCCGCUCUUCUAUUCCCUUCAGAAAUGUGUGUUAGCGGUCAUCAUUGUGGUAAACCUCCGCGGAGCUUUACAAAAAUUCACCGACAUUCCCCGCAUGUGGCGUGUCAACCAUGUCGAUGCCUCUAUCUGGGUUAUCACUAUGGCAACUACGGCGCUGGUCAACACAGAGCUGGGUCUCCUUGUGGGGGUUUUGGUGUCGGCCUUCUGCGUCCUUGGCCGAACCCAGCAAGCACAGGUCUUGGAGCUUGGUCGGGCUACAAGCAGGGAGCAUUACGAGGACCUGUCGUCCUACCACGGCCUUCAAACACAUUCCGGAGUGACUGUUUUUAGAUACCAGGCUCCAAUUUACUACGCCAACCAGAGCUUGUUCAAGAAAUCUCUAUACAGGUGUGCAGGGUUUGAUCCUGUCAAGGAGAAAACCCGCCGUAUAAAGUUCAAGAAGAAGAAUAAACUUCAGGGAGAGGUCCCAAAUAUGAAGUCGGAGGAGAAGGAGCAUGCAGGUAAAGAUGAUGAGGUUGACUCCGGUGCGACUAUAACUUUGAUGCUCAACAAGAAAUAUUCUUUACGCAGCUUGGUGAUCGACUGCAGCGCCAUCUUGUUUCUAGAUACUGCUGGAGUGAAUGCUCUGAAAGAGGUCAGCAAAGAUUUUGGAGAACUUGGGAUCAAGGUUGUCCUGGCCCAGUGUAAUGCUACAGUGCUGGAUGAUCUGGAAAGAGGGGGAUACUGCCCUGACAAAAAAGGAUGUGAUGGGGGAGAGAAUAAAAUCACGUUCUUCACCAUUGCAGAUGCUGUCCGCUAUGUCCAAAGCCUCUCAGCUCUGAACGGAGAUUAUGACAGCAAAUGCUAAAAAGAUAAUCUACCUGCCACAUACAUCUCACAUACUACAAAAGAAUAAUCCAUUCUUGCAUAUGUGCCUUGUAAUGCUACAGGGAUUUAUUGAAGUUGUUCCUGAGUGCAGUUAUCUUUCAUAACUGCUGCAGACAAGUCUUUAUUUAAUACUGUCUCAGAAUGUUAAAUGCUAAAAAGGUCUUCCUUAUAGAACUGGAGCAGAAGUACAUGGUAAAAGUGACACUCCAUAAUUUAUACUUCGCUUUGAGAAACAAUUUCUCUCUCUCUAUUGCGCAUACACACCCAAAUGUGCUCAGUGGCCCACCAAUGCUGCAUAGACGGGGUCAUUUAGGAUCACAUCCCAACUGGAUUUAAAAUUGUGACCCUGAAACUGAAAAGUUGCAUAUAAUGUAGAGGUACAAUGGUAGUACAGUUCAAUCUACUGUACAAAAUAGUACAUUAUUAAUCACGCAUCACCGUUUUAUUCCAUUAUUAAAGCCACAUGCAGAGUGGCUGUAAACUUUUAUUUCUCAGCAAGGACCAUAGAGGAAAAAAAUUUUUUUAAAAUAUUUUAUAAAUUCUGUCAAUCAGCCCUUGUCCAUAAGCUUUUUUUAUUUUGUGAGAAAUAACCAUACUGUUGCCUAAAUGGAGUUUUCUCUAAUACCAAUAAUCAAGGGAAAAGUACUUUUUUCUGUGGGAAAGACCUGCUCAUGUUUACAAAGUCAUAAAGCCGUAAAAUGAACACUGAUCAUUUAUAUAUAAAGAAAGAAUGGUUAUGGGAGGUAGGCAAUAAUGCUCAAGCAGACAUACACCAAUAGAAUUUUUGUUUACCUUCGAUUUUUGCAUCAUCCGUGUAUCCAAACCGCAGUACCUUUUUUUUUUUUUUUUUUUUUUUUUUUUUUUUUUUUUUUGAGCAAUGUCUGCCUAUACAGUGCCUAUACCUACUGGACAAAUAUGUAUAUACUGUGAUUAUUUUCAUCUCAGGUCCUUUGACAUAUGGCUGAAUAUAUGAAUGUUGAACUGUGCCAGUCAAAUCUCAAGCUCAUUUCUUUGUGUGUGAGAAAUGGCUCAUCAAACUACAAGCCAGUUUAUUAUAAUUUUUUUUUUAAAUUAUUGAGGUCCAUUUUUCUAUUUUUGUAAUACCUGAAUGCUCAUGGUUGACUACAUGAAGAUGUGCUUGUGUUGUUAGUUCAAUGUUCCCUGUGGAGUGUAUGACCUCUAGUAGCACUGUGGAGCAUUAUCGUUUGAGUGCGUCCCUGAUUUGUUUGUCACACAUGGACACGUGUGUGAGUGACGCAAUACAUAUCCUUGACAAUGGUUUCACACUUUUCCACUGAUCUGCAAGUGGCAGUUGUGUACCAAAAAGAUGCAGCAAUACACCGGCAAAAAGAAGGGAAGAAGACUAAAUGCAUGUUUCAAAAUAUAUAUAAAAAAAACAAAAAUGGUUUUGCAAAUUGUUUUGAGGAAGGAAAUGAAAUCAACAAAUUUAUCAGUGUACAUAAUGCAUUUUGUUAACACUGAGUGUAAACUCUUGUUUCCAAGAAAACUCCCCAGGGCACCUUUAACAACAUGAUGUCCCUCUACUGUGGACUAAGAACAGUCUGGCAUUAAAUUUAGUUUAACUUUUAACCUGAAAGAGAGAAUGAUACCUGGAUACUGACAUGUUGUCUACACUUGUGAUUGUAGUUUAUCUUUAAGUAACCAAAAAUUGUGCCUUCAGCUACCUAGUAACAUUUAUUUAUAAAGCAUUUAUAAAAAUAGUUACAAAGAUUACGUUCACAUUAAUUGCAUUCUUUCAUAAAAGUAGUGACAUGACACUACUGUGUAUAAUUAAACAGUUAUAACUAUUAUAGUCUUUAGCAGUGUACAUUAUUUGUGUUUUGCUUUCUUUUGGGGGGAGGUUCAAACCAAAAAUUUAACUAUGCACCAAAGCAUUCCAUACUACUGAAAUACUUGACGGUUGAAGCAUUCCAUGGUUCAGUUAUCCGUAAUAUAUUUACAUAUAUGCAAAAUAUGUCUAGUGUUUUUCUCGUUCUUUAAUGUUCAAAUGUAGAAUAUGUUGAACAUGUGUUUUUAUGUGCUUCUAUAUCUAUUGUUUUUAGUAAAAUAAAAUCUGGAUAUGUACCUACAUAGCACAAAGUAAAAUGUAUGUGUGGUUUGUCCUGGUGCUUCUACAGCAAUUGUAUAUUUGGAUCAAGGAAAUCUGGCUCUGGUCAGUUUUACUGAAUUUCUAAAUGUAAUAAAAUGUGAUUAGACAGAUUA